UUUAACCAUAAUGCAGGCUAGAAGCAGCGCGCUUUCCGCGUUCCUCUCCGUAUCCUGCUGCCUUACUGCCUUGUCCUUGCUGUCGUUCUGCAUCACUUUCAGGCUAUACUCGCCGAAAUCGGAGAAAUCUACAAGGAAAGUACAAGGUGCUUCUGCGGACAAUGCCGUCGAGCAGCCUCUGCAGAAUUUCCUUGCUGUUCCCGACGAUAACCUAACAUGGCGUCAAGCAUCUCGAAUUGCUCCGAUCAAAGAGAAAAUCUCAGUUCCCGUCUCCGGAAUCCCAGGAACAAAAUUCAGCAACGACUCUGCCCUGCAACGAUUCCGAGAACGCUGGAAAUGCAUCAGCCAAUCAGGUCAUUGGCGCUUCGAUCCAACCCCUCGUCUUCUUCACUGGCGAAAUCCUCUCAGUCCGUGCGACCUCCGACACAUGGAGAACCCAGGAAACCUCGCUGGCCCUCCAGCCAAUGAAGCCGUGACACGUGGCAUUUCUCCUGAAAAAUGGACCGUCAGGGAAAGCCUGAAGUACGUCUGGGAUAUAAGCAGCAGUAAGGACGGCAGGGGUUGCGGCCGGUGGAUGUCGUUCAGUGUUGCCAGAUUUUGUCAGGCACUUGGUGGAAAGAAGCUCCUUGUGACUGGUGAUUCUUUGAACGGUCAACUCGCUCUCUCCCUGCUUCUCCGCUUGAAGAUUGACCAAGACGUCAUUCUGGACCCGGGUUUUUCUACCAAGUGCAUCGCUGCUAGAUUAGCUUACCCGCACUUACCUGUGAUCUGCUUCUCCUCCCCCAUCUGUGAAUCCUCGGGUCAUCCGUCUCAGCUCUACUUCAUCCGCAGCGAUUAUCUAGACAUCCCCGUUGCCAUACCAGGAUUUUCCUCGGAAAAUCACUGGUGGGUGGACGAGAUAGCAGCACAGGGUGUAGAUAUGGUUGUUCUGAAUCGUGGAGCUCAUUAUGUGGAGGAUGCAGCAUUUGAAGCGCAGCUCAACGCGACCUUUCACCACCUGCGAAAUCGCUUCCCCGGUCUUCUGUUAAUCGUCAGAUCGUCUGCUGCUGGGCAUGCUGAUUGCAUGAAUUACAGCCGUCCGAUUGAAAAACGGCUACCCGAAGAAGGGCUACCCCACAACUGGGGUGAAAUUUCUCACCAGAAUCGCAUUGCGGAGCGGUUGGCUCACUCCAUAGGCGCUGCAUUCCUGGACGUGGAUGAAAUGACAGCGCUCAGACCAGACUCGCACAUGGGGAGGAAAGGGAAUUCUCCUGAUGCUGUGGACUGCCUGCAUUACUGCAUCCCUGGACCCCAGGAUGGGUGGUCUGACAUGCUCCUCAACAUGCUGCUGGACCUGCUUCCAUAAUUUCAUUGCAUCACCAGGCUCACAUCAGGAUGUCCAAUACUGCAUCACUGGUCCCCAGGAUGGGUGGUCUGACAGUGCUUAGGAGUCCGACCGUUCUUCCUGGCUGCUGUUGAUAUUGACACAC